ACAUGCGUCGGGCGUUGGCGGGAUUUGUCCGCGUGCGCUUUCCCGCUCCCGCCCGCCCUGCGCUCAGCGCGCCUGGGACCUCCCGUUGGUCUUCAUCCACUCGCCCGGUGCUGGUUCCCUGGCGCUCCGCACGUCCCUCCUUCUCCCCAGUUCCUUCUAGAGCCCAAGCCCCGCCCGUUUCCCGCCUCCUGGGCCUGGUUCGUUCCCGCCCCAGCCCGUCCCUCUCUAAGCCCCUGCUGCUUCUGCUGAAGGCAGAGGCUCCAUGUUGACCCCUCAGCAAGCGGUAGCUGCUGCCUCGGGAGGAGCAGGUGAUGCCAUGGAGAGUAGAAAGCCUGGUCCAGUGCAGAUUGUUUUGGUUCAGAAAGACCAACAUUCCUUUGAGCUAGAAGAGAAAGCCUUGGCCAGCGUCCUCUUGCAGGACCACAUUCGAGACCUUGAUGUGGUGGUGGUGUCGGUGGCUGGUGCCUUCCGAAAGGGCAAGUCCUUCUUUCUGGACUUCAUGCUCCGAUACAUGUAUUCCCAGAAGGAAGGUGGCCAUUCAAAUUGGUUGGGUGACUCAGAAGAACCAUUAACAGGAUUUUCAUGGCGAGGGGGCUCUGACCCAGAAACCACUGGGAUUCAGAUCUGGAAUGAAGUUUUCACUGUGGAGAAGCCAGGUGGAAAGAAGGUUGCAGUUGUUUUGAUGGAUACCCAGGGGGCAUUUGACAGCCAGUCCACUGUGAAAGAUUGUGCUACCAUUUUUGCUCUAAGCACCAUGACCAGUUCUGUUCAGAUAUAUAAUUUGUCCCAGAACAUUCAGGAAGAUGAUCUUCAACAGCUACAGCUCUUUACAGAAUAUGGUCGUCUGGCAAUGGAUGAGAUUUUCCAAAAACCCUUCCAGACACUAAUGUUUUUGGUUCGAGACUGGAGUUUCCCUUAUGAAUACAGCUAUGGACUACAGGGAGGAAUGUCAUUUUUGGAAAAGCGUCUACAGGUGAAAGAACAUCAACAUGAAGAAAUUCAGAAUGUCCGAAAUCACAUCCAUUCAUGUUUCUCCAGUGUCACCUGUUUUCUCCUGCCACAUCCAGGACUCCAGGUGGCCACAAGCCCUGAGUUUGAUGGAAAAUUGAAAGAUAUUGCCAGUGAAUUCAAAGAGCAGUUACAGAUACUGAUCCCGUACGUAUUAAACCCAGCGAACUUAAUGGAAAAGGAGAUCAAUGGCUCAAAAGUCACCUGUCGGGGGCUGUUGGAGUAUUUUAAGGCAUAUAUUAAAAUUUACCAAGGAGAAGAUCUGCCUCACCCCAAAUCCAUGCUUCAGGCCACUGCGGAAGCCAACAAUUUAGCAGCUGCAGCCUCUGCGAAGGACAUUUAUUACAACAACAUGGAAGAGGUUUGUGGGGGAGAGAAACCUUACUUGUCUCCAGACAUUCUAGAGGAGAAGCACUGUGGAUUCAGGCAACUUGCUCUGGAUCAUUUUAAGAAGACCAAGAAGAUGGGUGGGAAGGAUUUUAGCCUUCGUUACCAGCAGGAGCUGGAGGAGGAGAUCAAGGAACUCUAUGAGAACUUCUGCAAGCAUAAUGGUAGCAAGAACAUCUUUAGCACCUUCCGAACCCCCGCGGUGCUCUUCACGGGCAUCGUGGCUUUGUACAUAGCUUCGGGCCUCACUGGCUUUAUCGGGCUCGAGGUUGUGGCCCAGCUGUUCAACUGCAUGGUUGGACUGCUGUUAAUAGCACUUCUCACCUGGGGGUACAUCAGGUACUCUGGGCAGUAUCGUGAGCUGGGCGGAGCUAUCGAUUCUGGUGCAGCAUAUGUAUUAGAGCAGGCUUCUUCUCAUAUUGGUAAUUCCACUCAGGCUGCUGUGAGGGAUGCAGUUGCUGGGAGAUCCCCCAUGGAUAAAAAAGCUCAAUAGCUUCUUAACAAGAGGAUCCAACAAGAACCCCGACCAGCCCCUGUUGAUUUCUGGGUUUCUGCUGCGGCCACACGUCCAGGUCCGGAGGAAUGCACAUCUGGGACCUUCUGGGAAGAGCUGGAACAUGGCACUAGUAAAAGAACAGAACUUCCCUGUGGUUUCAAAUUCUUCAACCCACUUCCAUUUCUGUUGGAAGCAUUUCUUUUCCUUGCUGAUGAUGUAGAUCCAAGCCUGUGUCUGUUUUCUUAUUACUCUCUGCUUUGUGCACUUUAUGGGGGGAAAAGCUAAAGGAAAAUACGGGAUGUGGAUUUAAGUCCUUUAUGUGCCACUUAGUGCCUUUUAA